GACCGCUCACCGGAGAAGGUUCGUGAUCAGGAGUGAGCGUGACAAACGUCGCUGAGCCGCAGUCCGAAACCUUGGCGUUUCUGUGGCAUUCUGUGGCACCCGGCAACUUGACGAGAAGUUUUAUGCAUUGCCCCGCAGCGGCACGUCAGCGUAUAGACACGCGAGAGAGUGGUGUUCUAGAAGCUGGCGGUUGGCGCAAACCAAGUCGACAAGAGCAAGGCGCGAAGCGUGAGAGGAGUUUUGGUCUAUUCGUUUGUCCCCGAGCCUGACCCAGUUCGAAGAGAGGUGAUUUGUAAGUCAAAGUCUGCCACCAUCGGCCAGCGCUCGUUCGAGUCCCAAAGAGGCCGUUUAAGAAGAUUGCCAGAGGUGCUUUCAAGAUGGGCUUCUCGCUGAUCAUCGACAACACGACGCUCGUGCUACUGCUCUGCAUCAUCCUUACACUCUUGCUAUCCAUCUACACCUCGCAGUCUUUUCAGCCUUUACUGCACCCGCUCAUUCUCACACGGCAAGCGGACGUUUCGCGUGUCCGGCACAAUGGCGAAUCCGCCAUCUUCCGGAACGCGAACUCUCCGCCAGGAUUUGACCUGGCUGGUCGACCACGCAGAGGCGCUGAUAACGUCGGCAAAAUGCUCAAGCUUGGUGGCGCGACAAGCGCUGUGACGGGCACCUUUGGACCAGGCAGCGGCGCCCAGGCGCAGUCAGCCGGUGCACAGAGUGUCAGGAUGCGUAUCUACGGAUCACAGACGUCAACAGAUGACAUAUUGGCCACUGCUCAGCGCUUCGGAAAGGGUCUCGAGAAGCUGUGCAACGCACCCGCUCUGGCAUGCGCCGUAUGUGCGGAUGAAGACAGCUUGUCGUCCUGUAUUGCUCUUCUCACGCCAGCGGAGAACGCGGCGUUCUCGCUGCUCGUCAUUCCGGUUGCCCCUGUUAGCCAGGCUCCGGUCAUACUUCCGGCCAGCAUUAGCUCGCGUACACGCACCCUCCCAGCUGCGUUCGCCACAGCAUCCUCAAUAGAGAGGCUCCUGCACUGGAGCCUCCUGGACGCAUCCGCCAUCAUCGUCCUCCCUGACGAAUCGCAGCUCAAACAAGCCCAGCACCUUGCAGCCGGCACAUGCCACCGUCUGAUGACGCUGCAGCAGGUCUGCGACUCUGCCCCUGUCGGAGAAACUGGCAGUACUACCGCAAAAGAAGCUGCACCAGACCUCCACAGCGUCUAUGCGCACUGGUGGAGCUCGCGUGGCAUGCAAUCGGGCUGGGUCCCGAUCGCAAACGGCGCGCUCACGGCCGGCGUGACGGCGCACCUUGGAGCAUUCUCUGCAGACAAGAUCCCGACGCGGGCCGACAGCAUCCUCGUGAAUUGUCCUUCAAUCGUUGACCAGGGAGGAGAGCUGCUCUCGCCGGCGCAUACACCUGCAGGUCUGGUGAUACUCCUACUAGCAUUGUACACCGGUGCAAAUGUGCAGAAUGUUCGCGAAGGUGAUUGGGCGAAGGCAUUGGCUGCUGCGCCCGAGACAUCCAUGCUGUACACGGCGCCGCUCGCCGCUGCCAGCCUCGCAACCUCAUUGACGGCUUUGUCGGCCAAGUCACCGCUAGGUGUUGGCCUGUACGCGAGCAGGAGUAAAUUGUAUGCGCUCCGACAUGGCGUCAACGGCACAGACACUAUGUGGGAUCGCUUCCACUUCAACUCGUUGCGUCGCUCAUCGCAUAUUGACAAGCUGCGCAGCAUCACCGUCGUUGAUGAAGUUGGCAAACAGCUCAGUCAGAAUACUGUCGAUAUACUGCGAGCUUUCACCGGUGGUGCGAUCAUCCAUGCCUACCUGCCUUCGGACGCAUACGUAGCCGAUCAAGCUGAGAAGGCGCCGGCCUACAUUACCGCACCUAUCGCCACCUCGCACGCCGCUGACCUGCAGGCGUUCGAUGUCGGAAUCAACAUGCCGUAUCACGUUGGUCCGCCGAGCGUCUCUGUCGAGAUUAAGCUCGUCGAAACACCUACCUCCAGAGGCGAAAAGAGGUACACGAUCGAGGCUGUCAAGGGCCGCGACGUUGCAUUCAUCAAAACUCGCUGGCCGGUCGACCCUGCUGGCGAAGUGCGCUUGAGGGGAAAAACGGUCGCCGUCGCGCCGCAGUCGCCAGAGCAGACUGGUGUCCAGGCAGGCGAUGACCUGUGGGUGUCGACCGGAGAUAUUGGUUCGUUCAGGACGAAUGGCACACUGGUGAUUGUUGAGAGCAAAACCGGGGCAGAUGUCAUCGAUGUCGAGCCUUUGGGCAGUGCAGUGUCAUCGCCUUCGUCGCGCAAGCACCCACGUCACAGUGCUGUGGGGAGAGCUACGGCGCUGAGCGUGAUAAUGCUCGGCGUGCUUGGUUUGGCAACGGCCGGGACGACUCAGGCAGCCAGUUCGGACGCCACAUACCACCAGCUAUAUCCCCGCGCCAGCAACAGUGGUGAGCCGAAUGUCACUAUGAUCUCUGUAGCUCGGGGAGGACUGCUCUCGGCUCAAAGGCCAAGCUGGGUACAAGGCACUGCUGCCGCCGCGCUGCUCGAGCUCGACAGCUCGAACUGGAACUACUUUGCAGGCGAAGGCAAUGGGCCGGUCUAUCGCGCCGGCAACUUGGAUCCGUCUGCCAGCGGCUUGCCACGCGACGUUGCAAACAUAGCCUACCAUGCCAUCGCCGCGCAAGAUUCGCGGGGCAGGCUCUGCAGCCGCGUAACGGGAGAGGAGGACUUUGAGGCUGGAUCCUCGCUCGAUUCGUCCAUCUGCGCUGUUCCGGUGCUGCUCGCGGCCGUCAAGAAUGGCCAGAUCGUCGAUCACACUCCGGGAAAAGGCUACUAUGUCGAAGGAGCGACCAAGCAGCUCGACUUUAUCCUGACCGGCACCAACCGCACCGUUGACGGUGCCAUCAGUCAACGCAACAGUGAUAUACAGAUCUGGUCCGACUCGCUGUACAUGGUCUCCUCGCUCGCAGUGUAUGGUCUGGUGUACGACAACCAGACGCUGCUGCAAACAGCCUACGAUCAGUUGCGGCUCUACCGACAAGCGCUGCUUCAGCCCUCCGGCCUACUUUCACACAUCUGGGACGCCUCGAACAGCACCUGGCUCGACAGCAGCCUCUGGGCUACGGGCAAUGGCUGGGCUGCAGCUGGUUUCCUGCGGACGCUGGCCUGCAUCGCUCAGAGCUCGCAUUCGAGUGCCAUGCUGCAGCAGAAAGCGGAUCUGUUCAACUGGACCUCGCAGCUGCUGGAUGCUGCGUAUCCGCUGCAGGACCACAGCACAGGGCUCUUCCAUAAUUCGAUGAACGACACACGCACGUUCAGAGACGCGGCUGGCUCGAUGCUUCUGGCUUGUGGGUUUCGUCACUGGGAGUGUUUGUACUGCGCGGAGCCAUCGCUGACGCGUGAUGAGUUCGUCCUUAUUAUGUGCGAUGCAGAUUCGACCUUCCGCUUUGCGAGCAUGGCAGCGGACUCGGCGACAUACAUCGACGCUGCUGAGCAGGUAUACCAGGCCACGUCUAAUCAAUUAGACGAGUUUGGGCACUUUGCCCCCUCUGUGCAGACCGUAGAUGCUCUCGCAUUCAACGUACCAGGACCAACGAGCCCAGAGGCACUCAGCUUUGCACUGAUGCUUGGCGCCGCACGCCGAGACUACCACAAGAAGAAUGUUACGGGUAUCUACGGUCCGGGCAGCAACAACCGUCUGCGUCCGACACUCCAGAACGGCCGCCUUACCAUCGGUGAGAUCGUUAAUGCUGCACCGCCAACUGCAAGCAGCCCGAUUGCUGUAGCAUGCUUGAUUGCCAUCCUUUCGAUCAUCGCAAUCCAGCUUUAAAGUUUUCAUACAUGCCGAUUUGUCAUCUCAUUUCUCCUCACAAGUUCCCUUUGUAUGUGAGAUUCCCACCU